CUUCCGGCGGCGCCGGCGCCCGGCAACCAAGAGGAUUUCGGCGCGGGGCGGCCCUGGGCCCGGCCCCUUUGUUCGCGCGGGCCGCAGGGCCCGGCCGUGCCCCUGCUGGCGGCGGCUGGGAGGAGGGAGGGAGCGAGCCGCCGGCCCCAGCAUCCUCAUCCUUCCUCCUCCUCCUCCUCCUCCUCCUCCGCCAGUCCCGCCCAGCUCCCUUCGUCCCGGCUCGGCCCCGCAGGGAGUGGCACGGCGGCCGCCUGCCAGGGGCUGCAGCCGGCGGCGGCACGGAGGCUCCCGCUCCGCUCGCCGGCGGGCUGCGAGAGGGUCUGUGACAAUGGAAGAAGAGGUCCAUCAUCGAGAAGCCUGAACGGUGAUACCGGGACAGCUCUUUGAGGCACUGGCAAUACGAGCCCAAGAUACAGGAGACAGCAAACAUGCUGAAGCCAAGUGGACUUAAAAUCCCCGGCAGGGCUGGGAAGCACUCCAGCCCAGUGGGACGGGCAUCAGGGACCACUGCAGCUGCUGUCACCACUGGUUCAAAAGAAGGCUCACCUUUACACAAGCAGGGUACCACCUCCACCGCCAGCGCCGAGAAGUCGGGUUCAAAGGUUGCCGAGGUGGGCGAUGAUUUCCUGGGAGACUUUGUGGUGGGCGAACGUGUCUGGGUAAAUGGAGUGAAGCCAGGUGUGAUCCAGUAUCUUGGGGAGACGCAAUUUGCUCCGGGCCAGUGGGCAGGGGUCGUUCUGGAUGACCCGGUGGGUAAGAAUGACGGCUCUGUCGGUGGAGUACGUUACUUUGAAUGCCAGCCGCUGCAGGGGAUUUUUACGCGACCGUCCAAGCUGACGCGGCAGCCGGUGGCCGAGGGCUCGGGGAGCGACGCCCCCUCCGUGGACUCCCUGACGGCUCAGAACUUGUCACUGCACUCGGGGACGGCCACACCACCUCUCUCCACUCGCGUCAUCCCCCUGCGGGAGAGCGUCCUGAACAGCGCCAUGAAGACGGGGAACGAGUCUGGAUCUAACCUCUCGGACAGUGGGUCUGUGAAAAAAGGGGAGAAGGACUUACGGCUUGGAGAUCGUGUGCUGGUUGGUGGGACAAAGACAGGAGUUGUGCGCUACGUGGGAGAGACGGAUUUUGCCAAAGGAGAGUGGUGUGGAGUGGAGCUGGAUGAACCCCUGGGGAAGAACGAUGGGGCUGUUGCUGGCACAAGGUAUUUUCAGUGCCCUCCCAAGUUUGGCCUCUUUGCUCCCAUCCACAAGGUGAUCCGGAUCGGGUUCCCGUCAACCAGCCCCGCCAAAGCAAAGAAGAGCAAACGAAUGGCCAUGGGAGUGUCUGCCUUAACCCACAGCCCCAGCAGCUCCUCCAUCAGCUCUGUCAGCUCUGUGGCAUCGUCUGUCGGGGGCAGGCCCAGCCGCAGCGGGCUGCUGACAGAGACCUCUUCUCGAUAUGCCCGAAAAAUCUCUGGCACCACUGCUCUCCAGGAGGCGCUGAAGGAGAAGCAGCAGCACAUUGAACAGCUACUGGCAGAGCGUGACCUGGAGAGGGCUGAGGUUGCCAAAGCCACCAGCCACAUCUGUGAGGUGGAGAAAGAGAUUGCCAUCAUGAAGGCCCAACACGAGCAGUACGUCACAGAGGCAGAAGGAAACCUCCAGCGAGCACGAGCCCUGGUGGAUGGGAUGCAGAAGGAGAAGAUUGAGCUGUUGAACCAGCUGGAAGAGGAGAAGAGGAAAGUGGAGGAUUUGCAGUUCCGUGUGGAGGAAGAAUCCAUCACGAAGGGGGAUCUGGAGACUCAGACGCAGUUGGAGCAUGCCCGAAUACGGGAGCUCGAGCAGAGCCUGCUGUUUGAGAAGGCACAGGCUGAAAAACUCCUCAGAGAAUUAGAGGACACCAGGUUAACCACGGUAGCAGAGAAGUCCAGAAUCCUGCAGCUGGAGGAGGAGCUGAGCCUCAUGCGCAGCGAGGUGGAUGAGCUUCGGCAGUGCCUCCGGAGCUCUCACCAAGCAGCAACCCCCGAGCAUAACCUCGGCUUGCAGUCAGAGGCCCUUCGUCUACGAGAUCAGCUGCUGUCUGCCAACAAGGAGCAUCAGAAGGAGAGCAGCCAGCUAAAGGAGAAGUACGAGAAGACAUUAAAGAAGUACCAGCAGGAGAUGGAGAAGCUGAAGUCUGUCAAUGAGAAGUACUCACAGGAAAUCGUUGACCUAAAGCAUAAAGUUCAGCAAGCCACUAAUGAGAACAUGGGGCUCAUGGACAACUGGAAGUCCAAGUUGGACACGUUAGCUUCUGACCACCAGAAGUCUCUGGAGGAUCUGAAGGCCACUUUAAAUACAGGCCCCGACACCCAGCACAAGGAGAUCGUGGAACUGAAGGCAGUGGUGGAGAGUAUAAAGAUGGAGCACCAGCUUGAGUUGGAGAACCUGAAAGCCAAGCAUGACAUUGAGACGGCUGUUCAUAUAAAGGAGAAAGAGAGUCUCAAACUGAAGUUGCAGGAGGCUGUGGAUGAAGUAGAAAAAAGCAACAGCAACUGGAAAAUGCAACUGGAAACCAAAAGCAAUCAGCACCUUCUUGAGCUCCAAGAUGUCAAGGACAAGUGUCGAGAUGCUGAGCUGAGGGUGCAUGAACUGGAGAAACUUCACAGUGAAUACACAGAUCAAACACAAGCGAUAGCUUUCUUGAAAGAGCAGAUUUCUUUGGCUGAGAAGAAGAUGUUGGACUAUGAAACGUUACAGAAAACAGAAGCCCAGAGCAAACAGGAGAUCCACAGAUUGCAGGAAAAAGUGCUUGUCUUAGAGAACAAGCUGCAGUCCAUGGAGGCCCUGCAUCCUUCUCAGCACGCAAAUAUGAUUGAAACUAAUGAUAUUUCAGAAGAAAAGAUAAAGAUGAAGCAGACUAUGGAAGACCUCCAAGACAAGCUGAGUAAAAGAGACAAAGAGGUGUCAUCGCUGGUGUCCCAGACUGAAACUCUAAGGGCCCAAGUAAGUGCUUUGGAAAAUAAAUGCAAAACAGCAGAAAAGAAGGCCGAUUCGGUGUUGAAAGAAAAGAAGAGGUUGGAAAGCGAACUGGAAGCCUUGACCAAGAAAACACACGAUGCUUCAGGGCAACUGGUCCUGAUUAGCCAGGAGCUACUCAAGAAGGAAAGGAGCCUGAAUGAGCUGAGAGCCUUAUUACUGGAGGCGAACCGGCACUCCCCUGGGCCAGAGCGGGACCUGAGCCGGGAGGUGCACAAAGCCGAGUGGCGGCUGAAGGAACAGAAGCUCAAAGAUGACAUCAAGGGGCUGCGAGAGAAACUAGUUGUGCUGGACAAGGAAAAGUCUGUAACGGAUCAGAGGCGGUACUCCCUUAUCGACCCCUCGUCAGAGUCGGAAGUGAUCCGGCUGCAGCACCGACUCGUCAGCACGGAGGAUGUGCUACGCAACGCGCUGGAGCAGGGCCACCAGAUGGAGAAGCUCAUGGAAGCGAUGAGGCUCUCCUCUGAAAAAACACAGACUGUUGGAAAUUCUGGGUCUGCUAACGGGAUUCACCAGCAGGAUAAAUCCCACAAGCAAGAGGAGAAGCUCUGAUAGAGAAGAGGUGAAGAGGAUCAUUUCACGCCAGUGUCAGCUCCUGUGCACAGUCAGGAAAAACGAUCCCCCAUCUGGCUUUAGCACCUCCAAAAGACCAGACACAGUAUUUUCACUUUAAGCAGGACAACGUUUAUAAUAUACUAACUGAUGUAAUCAGGACAAUCCUGGCGUCCAGUUUUCCAAGGCAGCCGUUGGUCCAGGAGGAAGCAGAAAGAUCUCUCUGGGUUUGGUUUUCUUACUUGUAUUGGUUUUUGACUGUGGAAUUUGUGUUGCGUGAGCUGCCCUGGUCCCACCACCUGAUGUGGUCUGGAUGGCAGCUGCCCCCAACGGUGGCUGAAGUGUCAGCAAGUCCCAAUAACCCCACAGGAGCCGCAAAGGGAUUUCCUUGCGGUGUUCAACUCCAAAGCGCGUGCCCAGAGGCUGCACGUUUCCCACGUGGUCUGUCCCUUCCUUUCCACCCGCCCCAGUGUCUUGAAGACCUGCACAAGCGAGUGGAACCUGCUGGCUGACUGGUCACGCUGGCGUGCGUAGGCUGAGGAAGACGGGGUGUGGGGACGUGUUUCCCUCCUCGCCUUGUAGAAGACAUCGCUGUUCUAGAGCACAGAGGCUGCACUUAGAACUUGUAUCAUAGCAUGUCGUGGGAAAUCAUCUGGUUUCAGAGGGAUAUUUAUUUUGUUUCUCACCCACUGCUGUUUGGGAAGGAGCUGUGGUGGCUCUGGCUCUGGGGACAGGCACAUCUCGCUCAGGUGUGGCUGGCCUUUCUUCCUGCAGAGAGACGGCUGAGCAGGCUGCCGGUGCCCUGGGCCACAGCCAGGCUGCCCAGCCUGGUCCCCCUCACUCGUCUGUGUUUUAUUGGGUCUUUUUUGAGCACAGGACUCCCCAUGCGGCUGGAUCUCGCCAUUGCCGGCCUGAGGGCUCCACGCUGGCUGCAGUUGGUGUGUGACAGAUGCCUUGAGGAGAUGGCUCCCUCCUUGCCUGUUUAAUUUAACAGCUAGUCAGGAAGUGCCUGGCCAUUCUCCAGAGCUGUCCUUGGCUCUUCGGUAUGAUGCCCCUCCCUUACUACCAGGUACAGAGGAGGCCAAGGUGCUGCUGUGAGCAUUCACACGGUAGCGGUUGGUUGUACUUGGUGUGCACAGAAAUCCUGUGCAUGACCUGAGUGUGAGCAUUUGGAGCAGAAGGAAUCCACGAGUGGAGCCCACACAGCCCUUGUGUCCGUACACAGCACUGCAGGCCCAGGCAAGGGCUUGUUCCUUCUUCUGAAGUCUUCUCUUUGACUUUGCACCACAGCUCCCAAGGGGACAUUAGAGUGGAGGAAGGGGACAGCAUGGUCUUAAAGGUGUGAGAGAGUCCAGUUCAGAUUCACUGUUCAGUUACAGGGAAGAGUCGCAGCAAUAUUUACCAGGCUUCCCCUAGUUAGUGCCCAGCUCCUCCAGUCUUCAGAAGCUCUUGCGUUAUGAUGGGGCAUCUGUGGAAGAGGACAAGACAGAGAGAGACCACUGAGAGAGGAGAUCUGAGCCAGACCACAGGCAGUUGAACAUCCUGGCAUGUCAGCUUCAUCGCUUUUUGCCCUGAUUUCCUACAAAGUUGAGUUACUUUUUCUUAGCGGGUUGCCAGACUCCUGCUUCCUUGAAGGAUGGGCAGCCAGAAGCAACCUGGGAAAGACUUGGGCUUCCUGGCUGCAAUUCUGCCAUGAGGAGGACGUUGCUGAAUCUGGGCUAUGGUUGGUGAUUUCCCUGCGUUCAAAGGGAGGAUGAGAGAGGAAAGUGACUUCAGGGCAAUAAAGCAGGUCAGAAAACACAGCUUAAAGCUGGUGUAUGGCAGGGGGAGGGAGAGCAAGCUUGGGAUCUAAUUGGCUGGAAAUAAUUCAAAUGGGAUCCCAUCCUGCCUUGUAGAAGUGUUUCAUCAGCUCUUACUAAUCACCAGGAAGAUUGCGACAUCUCUGCCUAACUCUGGAACUUUCCCAAGGGAUCGUAGGGGUGGUCUCUAAAAUCCUCCUGGUUGGUGUAUUCAUCUCCUAAGCGAUUUGGGAAAAUCCCAGAGGGAGUGUUUGCUGUUACAGCCCACGACAGUGAAUACCUCACUGGGAGCUGCUGUUGUGAAGAAUUUAGGGCUGGUGUUUCCCCAAGUGCUCCUGUUGUCUGCAUGGUCUCUGAAGUCAUGUCUGCAGCUCCCGCUGGCUUGAGUGGAGCUCACAGAAUGGUUCUUGCAGUGCUGCCUGUCUCCACGCCCGGGGCUUCCCAGGCACCUGCAGGUGGGAGAGCCCGUUCUGGUUUGUAACUUAUUUUCCCUGAUAGGUCUUCUAGUGACUUGUGACCAGCUCCCUUCAUCUACAGAGGAAAGAUACUUGCAUUUUCCACCUCCUUUUGAUGAACCUCUGGCUCCGCACAGGGUGGGAUCCCCCAGGAGCGGUUAUGGGGACUAUGUAUUUUGUUCCAUUAAUCAGAUCCAAAGUUGUCAGGGUGGUGGUGGUUAAGGCUGGAGGAGUCUCUGGCUCCUGUCUCCUGCCAGGGACCAUCCCCUGUGAGCAGCUCAGACCUGUGGCUCUUCACUGUCACUCAAGCUGACUGAGAGGAGCAGAAGCAGAUGGGUCAGAGCAGGCUAAAAGUUAGUGCUGAUGGUCUUCUCUGGCUGUACAUGGCUGUGCUGGUCCCUAAGGAUCAGCCAGGCAGCUGAUGGCGCUUCUUGGCUUUCCGUGGAGCCUGUGGUGUCUGUGUGUUGCAAGGCUGGACCAAAACGGGCAGUGGGACAAAGCCAGGUCCCCUGUGUCCCCACCCUCCCCUGGGGUGCAGGUCCAUGGGAGCUGCUCCCCAAAUGGGACUGGCUGCAGUGACAACAGGGCAGGUUAUCACACGCGUCAUCUGGGUUUCAGCUCAAGCCUGCGAAGUGGCCAGGAGGGGGCUUGGACACUAGUCGUGCCCUCCCUCUCCAAAAUUGGCAGAGGCUUCCCAGGGACACCUGCCUCUGGCUGCCCCUCUGAGGUUGUAAGAGACCAAACUGGGGACAAACUUGGAGAGGACACGGAGGAGAUUCCCCAAGCCCCUCUAUUUAUUUGUAAGUUUAAGUGCUAUUUUUGCCUAUGUGGUGGUGUGUGAAGUACUUCACGGUAUUCGGUCUUACUGGCUUGGUUCUUUGGGGGAGAUUUUCAAGGGCAUUGGAGCAGUGAUGCAGCCACCUCCUGCCGUCGGUCGGGGGCUGGUUCCUGUUUGUGCCUUCGCUCCCCCUUCGGCUUCAGCCUUGCUCUUAUCUCAGUCCCCGAGAGCUGGUAUGGGGAGGAUGGGGGGUGUCUGUGUUACCCCAGCCCCUCUCCCGGCUUGUGUGUGCCAGGCUGGUUUCACAUCUGGAGCCAGAUCCCGAGCAUCGUGCCUCGGAGCGGCAGUGCCGGGUGGAGAGCCCCCUGCGCCAAGGGAAGGACCUGCACCCUGGUUGUGAGACCAGCCCUCCCGGCCGGCCCCAACGGCUAGUGGUGCUCUUCUGCUGACGGCUGAGACGUUACCUGGCGAAAGAAGUCUUUGGCGUGGAGACUGUUCCAUAUUUAGUGGGUUUUUUUUUUUCCUCUAACCCUCUAGACCAAAGGGAAAAGAAUCUUGUCUUGGUUGGUGAUUUCAGCUUUAUCGCUCCUACAGCAUCCGGAGAGCUGGAGCAAGGGGCAGCAAGGAACGACGGGCGCCACGUUGGCAGCCGAGGCUUUACAGCUCUUGCCUUCUGCCCCAGCCACCAGCGGUUCCUCUGGCUUGCAGUAGAGAUGCAUGAGGGUUUCAUUAAAACAAACCGAUGCAAAUGACACUGUAAGUCUUAACAGAAAUUCCAGUACUCCGUUGUUCGGCAGCUUUAGCAGCUCAACACUAUCUUGUAGGGAAUUAUUAAUACACUAAGAUCCUAUAGGCCUCAUGUAAGUUACCAGAAUAAGGAGGAUACUAGAUGUAUAAAUGGAUGAUAACCUUUUACCCGUACAGUAUGUAUUACAAUUUUGUAGCUUAGUCAUUUUUUGGCUAUCAGAUUUUGUUAGUAUGAUAUAAAAAAAAGAAAAGACAAAAAAAAAGGUUUGACUGCUAAUGUCUAUUUUGUUAUUUGAUUCAUUUUAUUUCUUCCUCUGUACAAAAGCUGUACAAAUCUCCGUCUGUGUAACUACUAUGGAUAUGUAUUCAUGUACCAUUGACCCCUGUCCUGGCUUGCUGGUGUGGUGAGCUCGUUACUAAACAAUAAAAUCUGUGGCUGAAGUUGGGCACCUGGGGGCUGCUGGGGGCGUGUUGCGGGUGUUCUGCAGUGCAAAAGCCAAAAUGGAAAUGGCUGAGGGCAAGGGGGGGCUUUCCCUUCGCAGCUCAAAUGUGGGGCUUUGGCAAGUCCCUCUUGACCUGAGCGUGGAGCCAUCAGCCCUUGGGCUCUGUCGAGAGCGGGUUUGGGAACAGCCGGAUGCUGCAGAGAUGCCCUGGGGUGCGAGAUGCCCUGGGGGCUUUUCUGCACCCUGUCCUGGAGGUGAGGACAGCCAGCCCAAACAUCGGCUCCUUCCCGGGGCGGCUCUCCCUGCCUGCUGCUCUCGGGUAUCUCCUGAGCCGUGGCGUGUUGGUGCUAUUUAUUAAUCUGUGAUUAUUUUCCCUCUUUAAUCCCCCCAGCCCCUCUCUGGCCCAUCCCCAACACCCCGGGGCAAGGAUUGUCUCAGGGCUCAGCUCCAUCCUGCGCUAAGCCCACCUCCCUGCACCUCGAGACUGGCACCCGCCCGUUCGAGCCGUGCCACCUUGAUUUUGCAGCGACGGAGACGGUAGUGGAGUCACCCUCAUCCCUUCCUGCCCAUUUACUGCAGACCUUUAGAGCUCGGGGAACAGAGAUUGCUGUGGAUCGGUGCCAGGGUGCGCCGCGGUUGCUGCUGGGGUCGGUGUGGGUCCAGGUAAGCCAUGCUGCCCCCAGCCUCUUCCCUCGUGCUCCCACCGUGUGCCGGGAUGGACGCUCCGAGCACCCUGGGGUUAUGCUGUCCCCUCUGGGGCAAGACUGAGAGAAUUUACUGCAGGGCUUGGUGCUUUGCUUUUCAUGGUACAGCCUCUCUUAGCGACGAAACAUGCAUCUCCUUCUCCAGCAUUUUCCUGCACCCACGGGCUGUGGAUCCUUUACAGGAGGGCAGGGGUUUCCCGGUGUUGCCAGCUGCCUUAAGACACAGGAAAAAAACUGGGGUGCCUUUUUUCCUUGCUUUCUGGCUGCUUCUUUUCCUGGACUCCUACAAUUACCUGAAAGUUUCAAACUUUCCAAAUAGCUGCUGAAGUUUGCAGGUGAUGGGUUGAUUCCACAAGGAGACCCCAAGAAAAUUAGAGGUUGACAAUAAACCCAUGAAAACUAGCAAUAGUCCUACUCCAGAGCCGUAAGAUGGGCUGUACAGCGCGGGCUGGGAUAUCCUGCUAUUUUACUUUUUCCAAGGUGUGUAAGAGUUGCUGUCAAAACCAAAUAACUUCAGACCUUCUGUUUCUUCACCAGCUCCCUGGCCCUGGGCAGUGCAGUCGCAGGAUCUCCCAAACCAGCCGGGUGGGAACGGCGGGUCCCUGGGUCACCCCGUCACUUGUUUGUAGGGUGGGUGCCGAUGGCAUUGGCUGCUGCCGUGUGCUUCACUGUCCUCCAGCGGCUGGAAGGAGAAUAAUUUAUUUGAACUUUGCUUGGGAGAAGUCUCCAGACGCAGGAAGGUCCAUCCAGGCCCAGCCCAGCACAGGGAGGGAGCUGGGGGAGUCGUCAUUUUCCCUGCCCUCUGCUUUACGAGGCAGCUGCUGCUCUCUCCGAAGGACCGUCAGGUCCCAAGGUGCUGGGCAGCGCUGGAGGGUGGGAUCCUGUCCCCAGCGUGGAGGGCCGGGCUCCCGCGUGUGACCCCGCUGUCACAGCUCAGCCCCAAAGGCCUGCUCCGAGGUUCGUGCCUCCCUGCUCCAUCCGUCCCCUCUUCGCUGCCAGCGAGGGAGAGGACCACUGCGGCGGCAGCUGUAGAGCUGUCCCCGUGCUGGCUGUGAGGCCACCAAGCAAGUCCCCUUCUGCAGCCAACACUCCUGGUGGGAGAUGCUCAGGGGACGGACAGGCGUUUGGGGACAGGAGGCUCUCCCCAGGAGAGAUGGCAGAAAACAGCACGUUUUCCGUCACGCCAGCCCUCCCCUGGGCUCUGGGCUCGGGUUGGCUGCCCGGGGCUGAAGGCGCAAAGGCCAUCAUCACCACGUCCCCGCUCAGGGCAGGUGACUUCAGCUCCAUCUUUUAUGUAGUUCCACUCUAUAAUGCAUUACCACGCGUAUUUACAAUCAAGUGCCCGAGCCCUGGUAUCUCAUAGAGAUAACACUGUAGCUCAUGCCUUUGUUUGCAGACAUCACAUUUCACUGCUGUUAAUCGUACGGUGAGGAUUAAUAAAACAUGAAGUUUAAAGAUGCCUAAAUCACAGUGGGGGAGCUGGUAAUCUCUGCCAACAAUAAUAUUUGCACUUUAUUUUCAUCCUAGCAUCCAGCCAAGGAGCGGAGCCUGGGCCGGGGAGCGGCACUGCUGCAUGAAAAUGGAUGGGGUGAGGAUGGCACGGGGUCCCCGAGCUGCUCCUUGGGCAUCGUGGGUCGCUCAGAGGCAAUGGGUGGGACGUCCUUCCUCAUCCCUGUAAGGGACCUCAUCCCCCAGGAUGCUGUGCUCGUGCCCACAGCUGGAUGGAUGCUUCAGGGAUGGGUUUAACCCCGGGGUGAGGUAGGGAUGAGAUGUGGAGUGGCCUCUCUGCACGGGGACACAUGCAGAGGGGACAGGGAGGGACUCUUUAUCACGGAGUGGAGUAAUAGGAUGAGGGGGAACAGUUUUAAACUGGAAGAGGGGAGAUUGAGAUGAGAUCUGAGGAAGAAAUUCUUUGGUGUGAGGGUGGUGAGCCCCUGGCCCAGGGUGCCCAGAGAAGCUGUGGCUGCCCCAUCCCUGGAGGGGUUCAAGGCCAGGUUGGACGGGGCUUGGAGCAACCUGGGCUGGUGGGAGGUGUCCCUGCCCAGGGCAGGGGGUGCCACUGGGUGGGCUUUAAGGUCCCUUCCAACCCAAACCGUUCUGUGAUUCUACGACACCUCUGCGUGGCCGUGGCCGCCCUGCUCUGACCACACAUCCACCCGUGGGCUGUGCUCCCCCGGCACCUGCCGCCCAAGGGCACGUCCCUUCGGGCUGUCCCCUCUGGAGGGGGCGGGUGUACCACUUCUCUGCUUGGUGCUGGGAGGCCUCGGGGGCCACCAAAGUGCAAAUCUGCUUUUGCAGGGGCUGCCCGUGUCCCCUCCCCGCUGCAGCCCCAAUGUCACUGAACCCGGCCCGAAGCGGGGCCAGGAACGUGCUGCUUCCCUGGCGAGGCUGUUUCCCCCGUCUCUUUGCAUCUCUUUUGACAAGCAUCCUUGUCAAAAUAGCUAAUUUCCUUCCAGAACAAAAAGUCACCUGAAUACAUUUGGAAGCUGUAUUGCACUAUCAGGGUAAUCAGAAUUUAAUUUGAUGCAGUCAAGGCUCUAAAAAGAUGUUAUCAAGGGGAACAUCAAAGCUGGAUUCCUGCGCUUGGAAAUGCAACUGGAAUGCUUAGUCCCGAUUUCUCAUUUUAUCGGAGACUUUCAAAAUAUCAGUAUAAAUAACAAAAAAUGAAUAUUAAGAGUAUUUGCAAAUUAAUGUCUUUUGUA